UACGAUGAGCGCUCUCGGGUGCAAGAUUGCUGUCGUGUUAUACAAGUGUUGGUCAAAUAUCGAUGCAAAAACGCGGACUGUGGUGCUUUAAGUGAAAACCGCGAGUUAUCAAAAUGCAAUCUACGUUUUAAAACAGAAAAACCGCGAGUGAGUUUGUGUAAUUUAUUCACCUGAAGGAAGCAGCUCUUCUAAGAUUGUAUGCCACACCGGAGGACGAUGGCAUAGCCAUUCGUACCACCCGGGUUGCCGAGAGCAUGGCCAGAGAGCGGGCGGUCACCUGGGCGUGGGCUGUGUUGUCCGGGCUAUGCGCUUUGGCCAGUUGUCAGGUCCAGCAACAGUGUCCGGCACGACAAGAAAUAGCACCAUGUUCGUGCCAGAUGAAGAAGAACGGUUUAGAUAUACUCUGCGAAUUUACGGAUCAACAGCACAUAGAUAAUGCGAUGAGUGUUUUAAAGGGGAAGUCGCUGGUGAUAUUUUACCUCAAGUUGCGUCAUAACAACUUAAAGAAACUUCCCGGCUUUGUGUUCUUCGGUCUGGAUAUACGCCACCUAACGAUACACAAUAGCAGCCUUUCGGUUGUCGAGGAAGCUUCUCUCAGUUCGAUAGGUAAAAUGUUGACGCAACUGGACGUAUCUCAAAAUAGCUUAACAUCCGUUCCAUCGGCCGCCUAUAAAAAUUUGCAUCACCUCCUCAUCUUAAAUAUGAACCACAACAAUAUUAACAGCAUACCCAAUCGAGCGUUCCAAGGUUUAGAUACGUUAGAAAUUUUGACGCUUUACGAGAACAAGAUCACCACGGUCGAGCCCGACGCUUUCGUUGGAUUAGAAAAGAGGCUGAAAAGAUUAAAUCUGGGUGGAAACGAGCUAACAUCGGUACCGCAAAAGUCGCUCUCGAUUUUAGACACGCUGAAAAAAUUGGAAAUGCAAGAGAACCAAAUAUCGAGAAUACAGGAGGGCGAUUUCGAAGGAAUGAAAAAUUUGGACUCCCUUGGGCUAGCUCAUAAUAAAUUGAGGGAGGUACCGGCGAGGGCGUUCUCUCAUCUUUCUCAGUUAAACUCGUUAGAAUUGGAUGGAAAUAACAUUGUGCUGGUUGACCCGUCUGCGUUCGCCGGUCUGGAAGAAAAUUUGCAAUACCUUCGACUCGGCGACAACAACAUCCAUACAAUACCAACGCCGGCACUGCGCGGACUACACCGUCUACGUCAUCUCGAUCUUCGGGCGAACAACAUCAGCUACAUUGCUGAGGAUGCGUUUACGGGCUACGGGGAUUCAAUUACUUUUCUUAAUUUACAGAAAAAUGACAUCAAGAUGCUACCAGCUUUAGGUUUUGAAAAUUUAAAUUCGCUGGAAACGUUAAACCUUCAGAACAAUAAAAUAAUGCACAUACCGGAGGAGGUUAUGGAGGCCGUUACCGAUACUCUACGUGUCGUUGACGUUACAGAUAAUCCACUGGUAUGCGAUUGCGAACUGCAAUGGUACAAGAACUGGAUAAGAAAUUUAAGAGACAAGGACGACGAGAUGAUGCAAAAGAAACGCACCGUCUGCAUUAUGACCUCGGAGCAUAGGGAAUAUAGCUUACAAAGUUUACCACUAGAUAAGAUGCAUUGUGCUGUAAAAGCUUACGAUCCCAUAAAUUCUCGCAGCACUUCGCUACUAACUUCUUCUUUCGCAACACUAUGCUUAGGAUUAUAUACUGUUAAAUGUGUUAUUUAGUUUUAAUGGGUACCUCACACACACACUUCCCCUUUCAAGACAUAAUCGAUACGUGCUACCGUAACCUCUCAGUUCGGACUUAAGGGCGUAAUUGGAAAACGUCACAUCUUGGAACGAGCUUUUCGACUUUCGCCUGAAUAUUUUAGCUAUGGUACCAUCGAAAAGCAAGUGAUUGUGUCUCUUUCUGGCGGAAGCACGACCGUUUUAGGGAUGUGGCGCGUCCGAUACGACUCUAGGUACCUGUGUAUCCUAAAAAAAUGAAAUCCAUAUCAUUUUAUACAUAUCAUAGAAUAAAGGUAAGAAGGUGUAAGUCCACCACUUCAAUUUCUCUUAAUGUGUCCCAAUUUAUUCACUUAUAUAUCUUCAACGUAUAUAGAGAUACAUGUGUUGAAUUCCUUCUCUCUUGGUGUCCAUAUACAUAUGUGUUGUAGAUGGUAAGACGUUAAAUCCACAAGUUCGAUUUAUUAUUAUCGCACGUCGGCAUAAAGACUCUACAUUACUUGAAAACGGGACACAUAAAGGCCUAAUUACAUAUCAUGGUGGAUUUCUAAAAUAAGUUAAUCACUUGUGCCGCAUUAAUGGUUUCGGUAAGUUUCUGGCUGAUGGUAGGAAAGUGGGUUCGAUUUCGCAAGCGGACGGCGAGACAGGGAAGCGCAAAUAACCGUUUGCGCUUCUGCCGAAAGCACCAGAAUCGACCAACUAUCCCAAGGCGAGUUGUAGCAAAAUGGUGCAUGUUAGCUUAGGAUUAACAAGUUUUUUGAAAACAUGUGAGCUUGAUUAUCAUAUCACGAUAUAUAUUAAGAUUUUAGAGUUAGAUUUUAAAACAUUUAUCAAUGCACACUAACAGUAGACCACCUACACUUUUCUGUCUUUGCUGAGAGAAAAAGUAUAUUGACGGCAAUAAGUUGUAAAAUAUAUUUUUGAUCUAAAAAAAAUGUGCUAUUGAUGAAUGGAAGGUGUUUUUGUGACAAAGUUUGUUGUGAGCUCGUUCUCAAUGAGAUGAGAAAAAAAAGCGUUGAGAACGUUCGCUAGACCAUUUCGAGACAUAUCCGCCGUUGCUAUGGCCAAUCUUCGCGCUGCUAUGCCAG